CUCACAUCUUCCUGGCUAGCGCCUUUGGUACCUAAGUAUCUUACGACUGCAUUCUAGUGGUACACGCCACGAUGCUAAAAUCUUCUCCUUGCCGCUUCUGGAAAGGAAACAACUUUUGUUUCCUGCAACUUUUGUUUGUAUGCAACCAUAAUAACUAAAGCCCUGAAGAUCUCCAUCUCUGCGCCUUGGCCUCUACCCACUCCCUGCCGAACGUGGAGAAGACAUAGUGAGAUUUUGACGGAGAAGAACUACCGGCACCGGCCGUUUAGGUCUAUUCCAGGCUGAGACAUAGAGACACUCAGACAGAAAAUUCAGAUAUAAAAAGGUCUCUGCCUCUAGAGAUCCCGUUUUCUCGAUUAUCUGUCUACCUCGACUUCAGUCUUCUAGUCAGCAUCUUCAAGACAGCAAAACCAACAUCAUCAUGAAGUCCUUCGUCCUCACGGCCCUCGCCGGCCUCGUCGGCGCUGUCCAGGCUACCGUCCAGGGCUUUGACAUCUCCCACUACCAGGGCAGCGUCAACUUUGCCCGCGCUUACUCUUCCGGUGCCCGCUUCGUCAUCAUCAAGGCCACCGAAGGCACCAACUACAUCGACCCCAAAUUCUCCUCUCACUACACCGGCGCCACCUCUGCCGGCCUGAUCCGCGGCGGCUACCACUUUGCGCACCCGGACUCUUCCUCCGGCGCUGCUCAGGCAGACUACUUCCUCGCGCACGGCGGCGGCUGGUCCAAAGACGGCAUCACCUUGCCCGGCAUGAUCGACCUCGAGUCCUCCUCCGGCAAGGCGACCUGCUACGGCUUGUCGACCUCGGCCAUGGUGUCGUGGAUCAAGGCCUUCUCCGACCGCUACCACAGCAAGACGGGUCGCUACCCCAUGAUUUACACCAACUACUCGUGGUGGAGCAAGUGCACGGGCAACUCCAAGAGCUUUGCCACGACCAACCCGCUGGUGCUGGCGAGGUGGUCGAGCUCGGUCGGCACGAUUCCUGGGGGGUGGAGUUAUCAGACUAUUUGGCAGAAUGCGGACACGUAUACUUAUGGUGGUGAUUCGGAUAUCUUCAAUGGCUCUCUCGAUCGUCUCAAGGCUUUGGCUAAGGGCUCUUAGGCGGGGAGUUCAAUGAAAGCGGGUUCCUAUGGAGGUUGCUUGGAGUGAUGAGCGUGGUGAUUCAAGACUUUUACAACAAGGGCCGAGGCUGAACCGUUUGCACGGCGGGAAGGUCUAGGAUUUUCUUCAAAAAAAGGGGAUAGAUUCCAACAUACCGAUAGGGUAUUUCGUGGUAAUCGUCUAGAACGUUAGCUGUAUGAAAUUUCAAGCUCUUCCCGGUACCUACAUGUGCU